AUUGUAGUACUUCCGUUGAGAAUACGAGAAUGCGGAGAGGAAAUCACAAGUCAACCAUCUUGCGAUUCUUUCUACUCAGUCACUUAACGGAGUAAGAUGAGUUCUUUAAAAUUACAAAAGAGGCUGGCAGCCUCUGUUAUGAGAUGCGGGAAAAAAAAAGUUUGGUUAGAUCCCAACGAAGUUAACGAAAUAGCUAACACAAAUUCGCGUCAAAACAUCCGAAAGUUAAUAAAGGAUGGUUUAAUUAUCAAAAAACCAGUAGCCGUUCACAGUAGAGCUCGUGUUCGCAAGAACACAGAAGCUAGACGAAAAGGUCGUCACUGUGGUUUUGGUAAAAGAAAAGGAACAGCAAAUGCUCGUACUCCACAAAAAGACUUGUGGAUUCAAAGAAUGAGAGUUCUUCGUCGUCUAUUAAAAAAGUACCGUGAAACGAAAAAAAUUGACAGACAUUUAUACCACUUGCUUUAUAUGAAAGCAAAGGGUAAUGUUUUUAAAAACAAGAGAGUACUUAUGGAAUUUAUCCAUAAGAAGAAAGCCGAAAAAGCUAGGGCUGAAAUGUUGUCAGACCAAGCUGAAGCGCGUCGUACUAAAGUACGCGAAGCUCGAAAACGAAGGGCUGAAAGAAUUGCCACAAAAAAACAGGAACUAAUGCAAUCUUACCAACGGGAAGAUGAAGCAGCUGCUUCACAGAAAAAAUAAUUCUUAAGACCAACCGUUUUAUUAUAAAAAUAAAAUAUAUUGAAAAUUA